GGACGACAGACCGGAAGACGCGCGGGCUGUUCCAUCUUCUCGAGCGGGCGGCGGCGGCGGCCGCUGCUGCUGGGCUCCCCGGAGCCACUCCUCGCCGUCGACUGACGCCUCGCCGGCGGAAGAAGGCACAACUUGGUUAACUAUGGAGAUGCAGUAGUUUGACUGGGAAUACCUGUUUACCUUGAAUAGAUAUGGCUCGUGGACAGCAGAAAAUCCAGUCACAACAGAAAAAUGCCAAAAAGCAAGCUGGACAGAAAAAGAAACAAGGCCAUGAUCAGAAGGCUGCAGCUAAAGCUGCUUUAAUAUAUACCUGCACCGUCUGUAGGACACAGAUGCCGGAUCCCAAGACCUUCAAGCAGCACUUUGAGAGCAAGCAUCCCAAAACCCCCCUUCCUCCAGAAUUAGCUGAUGUUCAGGCAUAAAGUUCACUGGUGAAUUCAUGGAAUCUAUUGACUCUUCUACUGUCAAUAGUAUCUAUUAUGUGUCUAUUACAUAACAAAUCUGCAGCUGCUUUUCUAACAAACUGUUGAUCAGCAAAAAAUGAAGGGGCUAUAGAAACAUUCAUAUUUUUAUGCUGUUCCUCUUGGGCUUCAUGUAAAGAAAACUCUGUGUAAUUGUACAGUUGUGGCCUACUUGGAAAUCUGGAAAUCGGUUCAUUCUAAAAAAUUUUUACAGUUGUAAUUAUAUUGAUGUUCAUAUUGUGUAAAAUAACUCAUUUAAUAAAAUAGUACUUGGAUUUUACAAUAUCACAGGUCAAAUGCUUGUAAAAAUUCUAUUUCCAUAUUUUAUUUGCCUUAUAAAACUUCAAGUGAACUUCUCACCCUGCCAAAAAUUAGGUUGUUUAGAUUCAUUGCUGUUAAUGAAGUCCAUUAGAAACAAGGAAAUAAUUUCUCCAUUCAAUAUACUUGCUUGAGCGUGAUUAUUUUCUAAAAAAAAAA